AUGAGCCUGAGCAUGGUCCUGAGCGGGGACCCUUUUAUAAGUGCCCAGGAGUGUAGUGCCAUCAUCAUCUUCAUUGUGGAGCUAGUAGGAGGGGCGACACAUUCCUGCAGGAACCCACGUUUUCGCCUGCGUUUUAGCAGCCAGCUUGGCUGGGACGGGCUGUGUGUCAUUGUGCCAGGCUGGAUCAUGCAUAGCCCUGGGAACCCCUUCGGGAUCCAGGACCAGGCAAUGAAGUUUGCAGAAGCUAUGGUCAGGGUGGUGAUGAGUGAUGGGGUGGUGAGGAUUCACCGCGGUUGCUUUGGGGACAACAUGAAGAAUGGGCUAGCUCUAGAGCUGGGUGUGAGCUCCAGCUCAGAGAAGUUCCUAACAUGCCCUCUGGCAGCUAGGAGGUAUGUCCACCUGGACGUGUCUGCUGCUGGCCCGCUGGAUUUGGGUGUAGACAAAGCAACCAGCCAGCCUGGUGUCGCUGGAAGCCUUGUAGAAAGUGCAAGGAACAGGCUGUCAAUAGCCGGCAAUUGCACUGCCUUUGCUCCCAUCACCUGUGUCCUGAUGGGCAUCUCUGGCAUGGGGGAUCACCUCUGGAUCUUCACCCCCUUUAUGCUCAUGUACAUGGUUGCUGUCCUUGGGAAUUUCAUGCUGUCCUUCAUCAACAACACAUAGAAAAGCCUCCAUGAGCCCAGGUACCUCUUCCUGCCCAUGCUGACAGUCUCUGACUUGCUGCUGUCCACUACCACCGUGCCCAAGACUCUGGCCACCUUCUGGCUUAGGGCUGGGGACAUUUCCUUGGAAGCCUGCAUUACCCAGGUAUUCUUCAUCCUUGUCAUCUCCUGCGCUGAAUGGGCAAUCCUACUGGCUAUGGCAUUUGGUCGGUACAUCGCCGUCUGCAAACCUCUCAAAUAUGUGACCCUCCUGAUAAAGAGGAUGACAGGGACAAUAGGGUUGGCUGCUCUAGCAAGAAGCUUAUCCAUCAUUUUCCCCAUUGUUGUUCUUGUGAAGCGCUUGACCUUCUGCAGAAACAGACUCCUCCUUCACACCUACUGCAAGCGUGUGGGCAUAGCCAGGCUUUUCUGUGUGGACGUCACCAUGAAUGUCCGGUGUGGUGUCAUGAUUGCUGUUUUUGUGAUAGGCGUGGAUGCCACACUCAUUGCUGCGUCUUACCUGCUGAUCCUCCAGACUGUCUUCCAGCUCCCAGCCAAAGACGCCUGGCUCAAGGCUCUGAGCACCUGCAGCUCUCAUCUCUUGGACAUAUUUGGGCACUGUAUUCCCAGGUCUGCUCUUAUCACCAUGGCCAGUCUCUGUGUGCUUUUUUCCCCCAUGUUAAACGCCAUCAUUUAUGGAGUGACAAACAGGUUCAGAGGAGUGCAGUCCAGGUGCUUCAACCAGUGCCGCAGUCGUGGCUGA